AAAGCCAUUGAGACUUCAGUGAGAUCUGACAAAGUUUCGUCACAGAGAUUUGGCAAAAAUGGCUCGAGUGUUGGUGCUGCUCUCUGUGGUGGUGGCGAGUCUGUUCUUUAAUCAAGGCGCGACAUUUGAGACCCAGCGGCUCUUCAACAACGCGGUCAUCCGUGUGCAACACCUUCACCAACUGGCUGCCAAGAUGAUGGAUGACUUUGAAGAAGCUUUGUUACCUGAAGAACGCAAACAGCUGAGCAAGAUCUUCCCCCUGUCAUUCUGCAACUCGGACUCUAUCGAGGCUCCGGCAGGCAAGGACGAGACCCAGAAAAGCUCCGUGCUGAAACUGCUGCACACAUCUUAUCGUCUGAUCGAGUCAUGGGAGUUCCCCAGCAAGAACCUGGGCAACCCUAACCAUAUCUCUGAAAAGCUGGCUGACCUGAAAAUGGGCAUCGGUGUGCUUAUUGAGGGAUGUGUGGAUGGACAAACCAGCCUGGACGAGAAUGACGCAUUUGCUCCGCCCUUCGAGGAUUUCUACCAGACCCUGAGCGAGGGGAACUUGAGGAAGAGCUUCCGUCUGCUGUCUUGCUUCAAGAAAGACAUGCACAAAGUGGAGACUUAUCUCAGCGUGGCCAAGUGCAGAAGAUCCCUGGAUUCCAACUGCACCCUGUAGGGGGCGCGUUAGAGUGAGCACAAUUUAGCCACAGCCUGGGAUCUGAGACAGGUUUUGGGUUUUAGACUUUAGGAUUUUUUUUUUUUUUGUAGUAUUCAGGUGUGGUUAAACGUAUUAGCCUUUUUCACUUAUAACUUUAUGUAUUGAUCCUGCUCACUAAGGAGAAUUCCUCUCAUCACACAUUUUGCAGAUUUCUCUCUCCUUGCAACUUCAGGGUUGUAAAAUGGGACCAAUUUCACAAUGGUGCUACGCAAAAACAAAUUCGGCUUUAUAUUAAACAAUGACCAAAAAAAAAAAAAAAAAAAUCUGAUUAAAGUACAGUGUUAACUAUGGAGUGGACGAGUUUGCUCCUGGUUGAUAAAUGUAAAAUAUUCAGUGUUAAUUUUUUUAUUAGAGUCUAAAAUCUUCAUUUAGUAUUCAGCUUUGUCUACUCCUGUG